AUGUUUUCUGUCUUCUUGCUUAUCGCCGCAUCACUUGCAGCUUAUCCAAACGACUUACAAUACUCGGUCCCAUUUUGGCAUGUUUAUGUUGGGAUUGACACACAUCUUGGAAAGUCGUUAAAUUACGAACUUGAUGUCCCAAACAACAUUGGCAGCAAGUGUUACACAAUCACAACUGGUGUUUCUGUCCGAAUUGAAAAUACACAGUUGAGUAUCUUUGACAAUGCCAACUGUGAUGGGUAUAGAAAAACGUACAUGGAUGCAAAUGAGUAUUACAAGCAGUGUGGCAUUUGCAAUGGAUUUGGAAUAGCUGGGAGUGGAUACCCCGCAAACAUGUUGAUUCCCUUCGACAACCCAAUCAUGGGCAAAUUUGUUGUUGAUACGUCAAAUGCCAAUUGCCCCGCUGGUAAUUACAUUCCAUCAUACAUUUUGUCAACACAAACUGAACUUGGCUUCAGUUACAUAUUGGGUGGUGUUAAUAACGUUUACAACUUUGGAUUCAGAAUUAAUCAAACCGACAAAAACCACAUCAAAGGUGAGUGGCUUGACAAACUCCCAACAGACUCAACAGCAAAAGUGUUGUUCUCAAUUGAAAACAAUAAAUGCACACUUGUCAAAAAUCACUGGGUUAAAAUCCAGUUAGACACUUUUGAGGUUGCCAACUGUAAGAUUGUAACACAGGCUGAAAAGCCAGUCGAUCCACCUGUGGCUCCAGUCGACCCUUCAAACCCCUCUGAACCAACCGAACCAGAAAAACCAGUAAACUCUGAGGAAUCAACUGAAAACUCGGAAAUCGCAAAUUUGGACGGUGCUUACUCUGUUGCCAUUUUUGUUGUGAUUGGAUUUCUUGUUCUGUUGAUAUAA